AUGGCCAAUCAAGGAGAGGUUGAGAUGGAUUCACAGAAGCAAAUCCGAGAGCUCACCUUGCAGGUCGCUGCCCUUCAGGCCCAGUUGGGCCAGGGCCAGGGGCAGUGGCAGUUGACUGGGCCACCUGUGCAGGUUCAGGAAGUUCGUGAAAGCCAGCCGGUGCGGGUUCAACAUGAAGUGACUCUGGGUGCGUCCGCGGACUCAGCCCCUGACCGUGGUGACUGGACGUGCUUCGCUCUCGGAUGGUGUUUCUGUAUCACGGUGGCUUUCUGCCCUGUGAGCUUUUUCAUUUGGUCAACAGCUGCGUGCAACCAUUUCUGUCAACAGAAGGAGGUGCAAGACAAGCAUCCAGAGAACGGGAAGGUGGCACGUGCAUCACUCUUUAGCAUGCUAGGGGUUGUAGCUGUAUUGUUGCUGCUCGCCUUUGCAUCAGCCAUUGUACAUUCGCUUUAG